AUGUCUGAGAAGUUUGUUCAUGCUGUUUUGAAUCAUGGUGAACAUUCUUCUGCAUUUCGUGUUAAUACUUUAAUCACCGUUUAUGAAUUGAAGCAUUUUUCCUGUGAGCAGUGGAGGUCUUUUUCCCCUUUGAGUAUACGUUUUUCCUAUAUGGAUACUAAUCAAAUGAACAAUGAAGAUUUCUAUUUGAAUGUUGAUGUGAUUCCGAAGCAUACUGGUUGUAGCACUAUUUCAAGGUCUUUGUUUCGUUCUAAUUCUGGUUGUAGAAGUAGUUCUGGUGCUAGUACUUCAAACUCCUGUGUAAGUGAAAGUCCUAAGCUUGUAAGGGUGGUCGAUCAUGACGCGGACAAGGCCAAGCCUUUCAUUAUCGAUGAAUGGCGUUAUGUUUUUGACAAUAUUGGUAGAGAAUUUGUGGGUGGUGUUAAAGUUGUAAGGAUUGAUGUUGAUCAAUACAAGAUGUGUACUGGUUACAAGAUUCUUAUUUUUAAAAACAACAAGACUCGUUUUACUGCGAAGUGCGAAGAAGAUGGUUGUGGUUGGAGGAUUCACUUUGGGCCUGUGAAUAGUGACAUUUCUCGGUUUGUGCUGAAAGAUUCUAACGUUAUUCACAGUAUACAGGGUGAUCCCACUUUAAAACCCAAACAGAUUAUGUCACUCUUUAAGAAGACUUAUGGGUCCAAUAUUAAGUAUCACCAUGCCCGUAGAGGGAAAGAAGCUGUAUUUGAAGAUCAAUAUGGUGACGACGAGAAGUCGUAUAACGAUUUAAAUUGGUAUCUCAGGCCCAUGAUUUACUUGGACGCUACUUUCCUCAUUGGUAGAUUCGGGGGUACUUUGAUGGCUGCAACAUGUGGCAAUGGAAAUGAUGGUUUUUACCCAUAUGCCUUUGCUAUUGUUUUAUCUGAAAACAAAGACAAUUGGUUUUGGUUUCUGGAUAAUCUUCAACAAGUGGUUGAUGAUCGUCCAAUUGUUUUCCUUAGUGAUCGUCAUGAAGGACUUCUGCAGGGCAUUCCAAGAGCAUUUCCUGGUUCAUAUCACAGCUAUUGCUUUUACCACAUCAAGUGCAAUCUCCCUAUUGGAAAAGGUGAUGCGAAUUACAAUGCCGUUAUUGAUUUAUUUUACAAAGAUGCUUACUCUUACACAACAGCGAACUUUGAAGAAGCUUUGCGGGGCAUGCAUGCAAUUGGUUGUGGACAUGUUGCUAAUUAUAUCAGGAGCAUUCCAAAGGAUAAAUGGGCAAAUACAUUUUUCCCUAUAUGCAGAUAUGCUGCUCACUCUUCAUCUAUUGCCGAGUCAUUCAAUAACUGGACUCUUGAGUUCAAAAAGCUGCCUGCUUUUGGUCUUCUCGAUGCGAUACAGUGA